UGUAGUUACUUACGGUAUUACUAUGUGUGUUAUAAUAGCGCAAUGUUGGACAUCGGCGGGCAGAGGGAGAAGAGGGGAGGAAAAGCCUGUUUACACAGACGGCAAACCGCCUAGGGAAUAAUGCACGAGAGGAAGUGAGCCGGCUCUGUCUGCCUGCUCCAACUUCCUGCUCAGAAGAAGAAGAAGAAGAAAAAAAUCAGGAUCCCAUUACAGUUCAACAGAGCAGUUUAGACGACAGUAAGCAUGGAAAAUCAGAGGAUUUUAAUAAAUUAUUAUUAAAAUUAAACGGAAGAAAAUCACACACUAGACGCCUGGGUAUGGAGAGUGCCAUCACACUGUGGCAGUUCCUGCUGCAACUCCUCCUGGACCAGAACCACAAACACCUGAUCUGCUGGACCUCCAACGAUGGGGAGUUCAAGCUGCUCAAAUCCGAGGAGGUGGCCAAGCUGUGGGGCCUACGCAAGAAUAAGACCAACAUGAACUACGACAAGCUCAGCAGAGCCCUGCGCUACUACUAUGACAAGAACAUCAUCAAGAAGGUGAUUGGUCAGAAGUUCGUGUACAAGUUCGUGUCGUUCCCAGACAUCCUGAAGAUGGACCCCCAGGCGGUGGAGAUGGGGCGGGACGGGGCCGGGGCCCUGCUCCAGGAGGCCGAGUCCCUGGGCCCGGAGGGCGAGGAUGAGGACGCGUCCAAACUGCCGCUGUCGGCCCUGCGUAACGCAGCCUGCCGCAAUGACUACAUCCACUCGGGCCUGUACUCGUCCUUCACCGUCAGCUCCCUGCGCAACCAGCAGCACCUGCUGCGCGCCAUCAAGGUGGAGAAGGAGCGCACGGAGAGAGAGGACGAGGCGCGCACCGUCAUCCGCUUCGUGGCCAACCGGUCGGAGAAGAGCGGGACGCUGCCGGUGGUGUCCCUGCCCUCCUCCCCACCCGCCUCGUCCGCGGGCGACGUCUUCUUUACCUCCAGACCGUCGCCGUCGCGGCGCCCGUCCUCGUCCUGCUCCCCCUCCUCCUCCUGCAGCCCGACCUUCGACCCCGGCCGCGGGCGGAGCCCGGAGGACGCGGACGACUCGGACCAGUGCGCCCAGCCGCUCAACCUGUCGGCGGGGCACAGGGACCGCGUCUCUCACCCGCCGGAGAAGAGGGGCUCCGGCGGCGGCAGCGGGAAUCCCGCCAAAACCAAGAAGCCGAAGGGCCUGGAGAUCUCCGCCCCGUCCCUGCUGCUGUCGGCCAGCGACAUCGGCUCCAUCGCACUCAACAGCCCAGCACUGCCCUCGGGGUCCCUCACCCCCGCCUUCUUCACUGCACAGACUCCCUCAGGGCUGCUCCUGGCCCCCAGCCCCCUGCUGUCCGGAAUCCACUUCUGGAGCAGUUUGAGCCCCGUCGCCCCCCUGAGUCCCGCCCGGCUGCAGGGACACAGCUCCCUAUUCCAGUUCCCCACCUUACUCAACGGACACAUUCCUGUCCCCAUCCCGAACCUGGACGGGUCCUCCUCACCCCUACUGCUGUCCUCCAGUGUGCAGAAGUCCUGAUUCUGGUGUCCCAAAACCCAGCAAGGCGGCCCAACCAUCGCCUUCCAGACGACGGCCCCAAAUGUUAUCCACCCCCCUUCCCCACCACUGCCACCAAUACCAUCAACAGGGACAGCGUCAGCCAUUUUGUUUCCUUCACAUCAGAAACCCACGUUCAGCUUCCAGUGCUGCACACCUGGACUCGUAUACAUAGAUUGUACAUACAAUAUUUGAGGUCUUUUUUUCUUUUUUUUUGGAGACUCUUCAGCAAUGUUACUCAUCUCAAUGCUCCCCACCCCCCAAGAAAACACAAAUUCAAGUCGAGUGUUAAACACUCCCCGAGUUCUCGGUGCUGUUCUCCUUCCAGGAGGUCCUCCUCACCCAGCGGGACACCACACACAGGCCUGGUGUCCAAAUACUGGGCCAGCAGAAAGGGAUUCAUCCUGUUUCCUGCACUGUUGGUACAGAGGCGGCCAUCUUUGUUGGCAGUGUUGUACACCAAAGGCUUGUGUGCUUCACUGUCGCUUAGAUUCAUAUUUUAUACAAUUUCAACUUGAAAACUAGAGAAUAGCAUCCACAUUGCACAUGGUUUCACAUCACAACACACUGAUUUCUAUAAAACCCAGUCCAACAAUAGUUUUAUGACUGGGAUACCGGACAUGUUUUUUUCAUUUUCAAGGUUUUUCUUUUUAUGGUUUCACUGAAUGUGAUGUACAAUAUUAUGGCCAGAGAGAACCAUCACUGAACUAGGCGUCAGUUAUUUCUUUUCAUAAAUUUUUUUUUUUUUUAUAACUCCAUCAGAGGCUGUGAAUCUGGUUGUUUUUAGUGUUUGUAUUGUAUUAUAAUUGUAUUGUAUGCACUGUGCUUUACCGUUAGUACCGGCUGUGCCUUCUCAAAUGUAAGAAUUAUGUAUUAUUUUCCAGCUUUAAGAAGAAAAAAAAAAAAAAACCUUUCAAGGACGAAAUUCCAAUAUAAUAUUGCAAAAAAGCUUAUAAUAGCUUUUUAAUUAUUUUUUCAUAAAGGAAUUGAACAAAUGUAUUCUCAUAUUAAUUUUAUAUUUGUACUUUUUAAGAGUCUAGAAAAUAUGCCUAAUGUGGUUUUAAAUAAACUUGAAGCAUUGAAUGCUGCAUAAUA